UUAGGUUGCGUUUGCGUGCAAUUGACUGUCUGCAAAAAAGGUGAAGUUUUUCAUCGCCAAGCAAGAUUACAAGCUACCUCGCCAUGGUGUUCGUUACCUUUCGCCCUUUCGGCUUGGAAGCUCUUUUAGAGCUAUUACUAUUUUUGUUCUUUGCGGCGGAAUGCCUUCCUGUAGUAUCGGCUCGCCGCAUGUCCACUUGCUCACUAAACACCGAGAUUUGUGGACAAGGGUACCCGACGUCCCGGGUGCUCAGCUGGGAAGUUUGUUCAGAGAGAUCAACAGCCAUGGAUGGUGUUUCUGGCGAUGAAUUUCACUACCGUUGUCACGUACUGCUCCGCGGUUCUCCUGACCGAGGUACAUUUGCUAACCGCGGCAAGCUGUUUGUACAGCAAUGGCACGUACCCUGCGUGGACUAAGGCUUACUACAUGAGCACAGAAAAGCUCAAGGGAGACUUCCUCUACGUGGACCAGGUGCGACUGCACACAGACUACAAUGCGACCAAUCACCGGAAUAAUAUCGCCCUUCUAACGGUUCAGCGGCCUCUGGUGUUUAGCCGCUACACAAAGCCCAUCUGCAUACCAACGAACCCGAUGAACCUGACAGAUAUGCGCAUAUCAGUGUCCGGCUGGGGACG